CGCGGCAGCAGGGAGAGCGCGGUGCAGCCGCCGAGCGCCGCCGCCCGAUCCCGGCCCGGGCCCGCUGCCCGCGCGACGUCCGUGCGCCCCGCGCCCCGCGCCCCGGAGACGCCGUCCGGGGCGCCCCCGCCUGCGCCCCUGCCGCCCUGAUGGCCGCUGCCCGGGGCUGAGGGCGCCCGGGGGUGCGGCCGGGGGGACCCCAUGGGCCGGCCCGCGCCGUGCACCCCCCGCGGCCGCCUCCUCCGGCCCGGGCCCCCCCGAGCUCCGCGGGCCCGGGCGGCCCGGAUGGCGGGCGCGGCGGCCGGGGCCGGGGCUGGGUAGUCGGCGCCGCGAGCAGGCCGAGGAUGCAGCGCUGGAAGGCGGCGGCCCUGGCUUCCGUGCUCUGUAGCUCUGUGCUGUCUCUGUGGAUCUGUCGAGAGGGGCUGCUGCUCGGCCGCCGCCUGGGACCCGCGCUGGCCCCGCUGCGCCGCCCCCCGCGCACCCUGGACGCCCGGAUCGCCCGCCUGGCUCAGUACCGAGCGCUGCUGCAGGGCGCCCCGGACGCCGUGGAGCUGCGAGAGCUGGCGCCCUGGGCCAGCCGCCCUUCAGGUCCGCGCCGUCGGGCGGGGCCCCGGCGGCGGCGCGCGCGUGCGCGGUCGGGGUCGCAGCCGUGUGGGCUGCGCGAGCUGGAGGUGCGCGUGAGCGAGCUAGGCCUGGGCUACGCGUCGGACGAGACGGUGCUGUUCCGCUACUGCGCAGGCGCGUGCGAGGCGUCCUCGCGCGUCUACGAUCUGGGGCUACGGCGCCUGCGCCAGCAGCGGCGCGUGCGGCGGGAGCGGGUGCGCGCGCAGCCCUGCUGUCGCCCGACAGCCUACGAAGACGAGGUAUCUUUCAUGGACGUGCACAGCCGCUACCACACGGUGCACGAGCUGUCGGCGCGCGAGUGUGCCUGCGUGUGACCCUACCUCACUCUGCCUGGCAAGACGGCGGCGCUCUCCCUGCUCCCCCGACGGUACCCACCGGUCAGCAUGGCCAGUCCUGCAAAAGACUGCGCAUGUGCAGAGUACACCGUCGAGGCCGCGGGACUCUCGCGAUAACUGUAUUGAGAUAAAGUGUGAGAACUCGU